GCCGUGGGGGCCAGGCCAGCACGGAAAGGCGGCGGGUCCCCCUGCCCGCCGCUUUGAAGAGAGCCGCAGGGCAAGCUGAGCGCACGCACUCAGGGCGGAGCCGCGCGCACUUGGAUUGGCAGAAGUCUCGCCUUUCGUCCCCGCCUCGCUCUUCCCAGUCUCCCACCGUCUCCGCCUGUCACUCUGUCCGCUCGCUCGCCCAACAGGAGAAGCGCUCCCGCGACCAGGCUAACCCUUGCGCGGCAGCCGACUCCGCGCUGCUGCUGCCGCCUCCGCCGCCACCAUGCACCUCUGCAGCGUCGCGUGGCGCCCUUUGGCCCGUCGCCUCACGCAAGGGGCUGCCCCCUUCGUCCGCCGACAAGCACCUUUCCGCCAGAUGUCAUCUGGAAGCGUUCCUGGAUCUUCUGGGGAGAACAUUAUUUAUUAUCUGCUCGUUGCUGGUGCUACUGCUGCAGGAGGUUUUUUAGCCUACAGAACGAUUUCUUCUGACAAGGCCAGGUAUAAUGAACGUAUCAGUGAUAUGCAGCAAAGAACUGCAGCAGAAUGGAAACCAAAACCGUGGCCUCCUCAGGAAAACGAUGAAACAGAAGCAAACGAAACUAUUGCUGCAAGUGAAGAAGUAAAGGAUGCAGUUGAAGAAGAGACUGCGGCAGUAACUACUGGUGAAUCGGAAGUGGAAAAUGAAAAGCACACUGAAUCUGCAGAAGCACAGAGAGAAGUUGAAUCGCCUGUUGAAGAGGCAUCCUCUGGUGUGCAAGAAGAGCAAGAUGCUCCUUCCAGCUCAGAGGCAGCCCAAACGCAAGGUUAACAUUACAAAUCGAAAUCUGUAGGCAUUUUACCUUGUAUCACAGGAAGCACUGCUUUGCUCGCGUUAACAUAGUAUUCCACACGGAAUAAACUUGUAUUUUAAAACCUUAAUUAAAUUUUAAUAUAAAUGAGAUGUGAUUUCAGCUGCACUUUCCAAGUUUAAUUCAUACAACUUAUUUUAGGUAGUUUGUUGCAAAAUAUUUCUGGAAGAAGGAGCCCUUAUUUGCCAUUUGUGGUAGAUGGCUCCUAGUUUUGUCCAGAAGAAAUAGCUGAACAUACCUUGAGAGUGUGUUAUAAAUAGAAUUGAGUGCAGUUCAGUGUGCUCUUUCCCUCCUAAAUGCACAAGCUGUAAGGUGCAUAGAGAGGCAUUUUGGCCCAUUAGAAAUAUAUUUACUAUUACACAAUCUUGUGUGGUUUUCUUCUGCUGCCAAAUCCAUUGCCUUUCUGACUAUUUAAAAAAACAAACAACAUUUUUAUUUUUUGCCUAUUUCCAAAGCCAUCCAUUAUUUGGAGGGUUGUAUUCAAUGCUUGUCUCACUCAGGGUAGAUACUUUGAAACGAAUGAACCCAAGUUGAACAUGUCCAUUAACAUAAAUGUUUCUACUCUGAGUAGAGACAAGCAGAGAAUACCACCUAUAAUUUUGAGUGCUUUUCAGACUUUGUUAUGCAAAGAAUGAGAAUGUGAUUUCUGAUUAGCCCUAAAAACAAUGACCAAAUCAGAUCAUUCCAAAAUAAUUUUGAUGGCUGCAAUCCAGGAAGUGAGUAACAUGAAUGCAUUCUAGGCUCUGUUUCAUUGCUGGCCAUGGAAAUAUAUUUACUUGCAACUCUUUUUCUUAUGUAGUGGCCAGUGGAACCUGACACUGUUCAGCACAGAUAAUGCCUUCAGGAUUAAACUGGUAAAAACUAGAUGAAUAAAACAUGGGCCUUUAGUAGGAACGGCUCUACAGUACCAACGCACCCCUUAGUCAUCUGAUUUGUAUCCAUCAUUAAGUAAUUUGUAACGUGAGUUCAGUUUUGUCAUUGCCGGUGAUGUUGCAGUUAAAAAGACCUGAUCUUAAAUAAUUUAUAGAAGCAAGCCUUAUUUGGACAAGUCACUCUUGCCAGAGGGAAGGGGGUGGGGAGGUGAUUUUUGCAAAUACCCAAAGAACUCUGUACCUUUCCAAAAUCUGUUCUGGAGGUUUUAGGGGUCCUCUGGAAGGGUAUGGAAAUUGGCUUGGGAGACCGCAGAAAGAAUUGGAACAGGUAAAGCUUAGAGGAGAAUAAUUUAAAUCUCCACUUGGCUAUGAAGCAUCACUGGGUGACCUUGGGCCAGUCACUGCCUCUCAGCCUAACCUACUUCACAGGGUUGUUGUUGGAGGGAUUAAAUGGGGAGGGGGGAGAACCAUGUAUGCCACCUAGAGCUCUUUGGGGAAAAGGGUGGGAUAUAAAUGCGGUAGAAAUUCCCAAACAAACCAUAGCUGCCAAGUUUUCCCUUUUCUCACGAGGAAGCCUAUUCAGCAUAAGGGAAUUUCCCUUAAAAAAAGGGAUAACUUGGCAGCUAUGAAACAAACUUCCAAGUCUGUUUGGGACUUUUUACUUUUUCUUGUAAUAUAACUGGCCCAUUUUAUGUAAAUAGCUGCAUUAUAUUUAUCUAGCUAGCUUAGUUUUGUUUAUCAAUAACUAACAGGGAUGUCAAGAAGUUUUCCACAGUCAUGAAGCUUGAAAUGCUGUGUAUGGGGCAAGCCAACUGAACUCCAGACCUUAUAGUUGGAAAUAAUUGUCUGUUACUGUAUUUCAGCUUUCCCUUGGCUUCAUGAGAAUGCCGAUUUGGCUUCCUAGAAAUAGCUCUGUGUGCAUAAUGUGCACACACUGCUAUUUCCAUGCUGAAGAGAAUGGAAUAGAAACACUGAUAUAAUGAGAUGCAAUACAAUUAAAUAUAAGCAAUACAAGUGAAAACCACAAGCAGAGUUGGAGAAAUUCCAGUUUUAAUAUGUAAAGGUACUCAAGUUGGCACAAUAAACUCAAGUUAAUUUUGUUUUUUAACAUAGGUGAUUUCCAUUACUGUAUCUCCAAAUGGAACUGCUAAAUUCAUUCAAAAACAUUAGGAGAUCAGAUAGAAAUAUAGCUGCUUUAUUUCAGUUGCAAAAGAAAGGUGUUUUAAAGUCUUCCUUACACUUCAACUUUUGAGGGGGAAGCACCUUUCCCCACACAUAUAGUUGGAACAACAAUUAGUAAGCACAGUCGUAAUGUAGUAUUGAGCUGAAAUAUUUUGUAUUAACAGAAUUGAAGAUUUGAAUUCCUAAUUACAAUCAUUUUCACAUGGAAUAAUGAUACAGGGAAACAGAAUGCUGAAAUCGGUGUCUUGCCUACCUCUUAAUAAAGGA